AAAAUGGAUGCUUAUACUCUGCAUUUGGAGCUAUUCCUAGUGGCCACGUUUCUGCUCUCCCACCCUCUUUUUUUUUCCUUUGUGCGUUAAUGAUCACCAGACUCCUGCGUUAUGCCUAAAUUACGUCCCGGUGAAUUAAUGUUAACAGAGUGCACGACGCGUACCCACAUUCCAGCGAUGAAAGGGGAGAGCCGGUGCGAAAUGCCUUGAUUCGCCAUUCCAUAUCAUCUUUCUUUCUUUCUUUCCUUUUUCUUUCCUUUUUUUUUUUUUUUUUUUUUUUUUUUUUAAGAGAUAUGCGGCGUCUGCAAACAGCACUGCACAGGCAUCCAUUCUGAUUAUGUAUGUGCUGCUCAACACGAUUCUCCUCUCCCCGUCGUGGAUGGACUGUGUGUUCCGCCGUGGUAGUCUGUGGCAGGCUACGGGAGCAGGCUUUUUGGCCGCUCUCCCCUGCAUGUGUAUCAAUAACAUUCGCAGGAAGAAAGAAGAAAGAGUCGUUGCAGUGUCCGCUCGCUGGUGAUGUUUUGGUAGCUCUCAUGGUGUAACACAGACCAGUCAGUAAGCAACUGGAUCCAGUUCAGUCCCUGCAAUGACUUGUGUUGUAAAAUGGGUGCUAUAAAGAAGAAAUAAUGAAAACAAGGACACAUAAAGAAUCGAUGCCCAUGCGGAGUGGGCGACGGCGGGGGGCAAGUGAGGAGAGAAGGGGUAGACGCCCGCACCCAAGUCCCACCCGCCCUGAACGCAGCGACAGACAAACGCAAAGAGGUGCUGGUGAGGAAUUGGCUGGGAAUCGCUUCAGUCGCAGAUCACAAGGGCAUGAUUCAUCAGAGAGUGAGGGGGAGGAACUUGUGUCUCCUCCAAAGAGGCAGAAAGUUCAGGAUUCGGCCUCUACUCCAAACCCUCCAACCUCAACACACUCGACUGACAGCUCGGCUCCUUCCACUGUCCCACCUCCAACCUCAGUUGCCAGCCAAUCCCGUGAGAGUGACAAUGAAGAUGGCCAAUCCCAGGGCAGCAGGAGUUCAGUUGUAGGGAGCCUGGCCAAUAGCAGUAGUAGUCUGAGCAGCGGGCGGGAUAUAGACCAGGACAAUCGUUCCUCAUCCCCAAGCCUCUCUGCUUCCCCUCUGGGUAGCCUGGACUCCGAUUCCGACGGCCCUGACUCACCAAAGCAAGGAGAACGGGAGAAAAGUAAAGAGGGUGGAGCGGGGAAGGUUGCAGGAGAGGAUAGGAGGGUGCUACGAGAGGGGAGAGGGGAGGAGUCCUGUGGAGAUGGAGAAAAGAGAGAUGUUGAUGCAAGAAUUGAGGACUGUCCAUCUCUUAAGCCUCCCUCCACUCCCUGCUCUUCCUCUGGUCUGACUCCCUCUCUCCGUGGAGCAGGAGAUUCAUCAAAUGACAGCAAUAGUGGGAGGAAAUCAUAUUUCUCCCUGGACUCCAAAUUAAUGUGUAAAGUUGAGUAUGGUGGACCAACUGGUGUUGAAGGUGCACUUAGCGGCAGCAGAAUGACUUCCAAAUCCAGCACACAGUGCGUGAGCAAGACAACAAUCUCCGGAGGGGAUUUUUCUCAUAACAACUCAAACAUUCCCCACUCUUUGCCUCCUCCUCUUCCUCCUCCACCUGCCCUCAAGCCUUUGGAGCUUGGGGGACAAACCCUUCCUUCUGAGGUUAAGACAGAAAGGGACAAAAUAGAAAAGGCAGACAAACUCCUGGACAAGGCUCAGUCCGCUCCUCCUUCUCUGCUGCCACAGACUGGCCCCCAGCCACAGUCCCAGACCCAACCCCAGACCCAGCCCUCCACCCACCCUCACCACUACAGCUCCACCAGCUGGCAGGGUGGCACAGCAACUGGUUGCCAGGGGAGCUGGGGCUACACCCGUUACCCUGGCAACCACCACCCACACCAACCACAGCACCAGCCCCCAGUUCAGCAGCAGCAACUUCCCUCUGUUUACAACCCUCCAUCCUCUCGCCACUCCUCCUCCCACCCCUCUUACCUCCCCCAUCCUCACCCUCACCCCCACAGGGAGUACCUUCCCAGGUACGCUGGAGGGGGAGGGGACAGAGAGAGGGGGGCUGCAGGAGAGAGGGAGAGAGGAGUGAGGGGGGAGUGUGGGGGGAGGGAGAUCAACAGGGAGUUCUCUGCUCCCAUUGGCAAUGGCAGCAACAAUAGCAGCGGGGGAAAUAGUAACAGUGCUUGUGGUGGGAUGGGUGGACCCAACAUCCAAGGCAGGGAGUUUGGUGGUCUGCCAGUCGGUCAGAACCGGGACUUCCAAGUUUCUGGGAGAGAUGGACCUAACUUGGGUCCAGAAAGAAGAGACUUUGGUCCAGCUUUCAGAGACAGGGAUCGUGAACGGGAACGUGAAGGAGGAAGGGAGUUUAAUCUGCCGAACCAAAACCAGACUAGAGACUUUGUCCCGAGUGGAGCUGGAGGGGGGCUUCCCAGAGACAAAGAUGGGAGCAGAUGGAAUGAGUUUGGGGGCCAGACAAGAGAUGUUGCAAGCAACAGUAACCCUAACAACAGCUCCAUCCAACAGGGAAACCCCCCAAGUUCAACCAGCGGGCUACCGGUUACCCCUAUGCUGAACCGUGACCCACCUGCAUCACCCCAAAACAAUCCCAGUCACCCUUCCCAUUCUUCCCUGCCCCCACACCCACACUCACAUCCCCCAAACUCAUCGAACCGGGACUUCCCUCCUCCCAUGGACCAGACACAAACGGCCUCCUCUAGUGCAGACCACUUUCACAGAGAGUAUCCUUCCACUGGAGGGAAAGACUUUCCUACUGCGACACCCUCUUCUACUGGCACAAAUAGAGAGUACCUAAACUCCCCUGGGGUAACUCAAAGUCUGGGACGAGAGUAUUCAGGGCCUGGAGGAACUCAACACCCCCACCCACCUCAUCCCCACUACCAGUCUGGGCCCAGAGACAGAGAGAGAGACUCAAACCUACGAGAGUCUGCUCUAUACCAAAACCGUGGAGGUCCAACUCAACCUCCUGCACUGUCUCCUUCCUCUUCUUCCAGCCAUCAUGGACACCCGGCCAACGCUCCUUAUCCCCCUCCUCCACCUCAACCUCCUUUAGCUCCGCCGCAGGCCUCCCAUGGCCAGCCACCCCCUUCAGGCAUGGCACUCGGCGUACGUCCCCCACACUACCAGUCCUCUGCCCAGACUCCUCCAACACCCCUGUCUCCCUUACCCAGCCCCUCCACCAAUCAAAUGGGCGCCUUCUCAUCUUUUCCUCCUGGUUCCUCCUCUGCGCCCAACAUCCCUAUUCCGGCCCCAGGUGUGUCGUCCAGCUGUUCUCCUGGAUGCCGCCCGUCCCCUUUCCAUGGCACUUUGAACAACCACCCUCCAUUCAGUGGGUCAUAUCAUUCCAAUGGAAACAGCGGCAGUAACAUGGCGAACAACAGUAGCAACAGUAGCGCACCCAACAGCAACAAUAGCAGUUCACAGUCACUCUCACCUCAAAACGUCUCAAAGGGACCUCCACCUCUUAACAACUCCGCCACCAACAACAACAGCAUAUCAACACCUGCCUCCACCUCUGGUGGGGAUGGACAUUUGGAGUCAGGCCCACUUCCCACGCCUGUCAUUAAAGAAGAACCAAUAGAAGAGAGAGAAGAAAGUGAAAGCCCACCACCGAUGUUGAGAAGCCCCUCUCCUGAACCAAAACCAGUAGACAUUCCUAUCCACGCCAGUCAGUCAGCACGGUUUCACAAAGUCCUUGACCGUGGCGCUGGGAACUCCUGCGCCCGCAGUGAUGUCCUCUUUGUCCCAUUAGAUGGCUCCAAAUUGUGGAAGAAGAGGAAUGAGAUGAUUGAAAGGGCCCGCAGGGAGGUGGAGCAGCGGGCCAGAGACCUAAGAGAAAAGGAGAGGGAAAGAGAGAGGGAGCGUGAGCGCGAGAGGGAACUCGAUCGACAUCUACAGCAGCAGAAGGACAUCAACGCUGCCGGAGGGGGUCGCCAGGGCUCCUCACUCUUCUUCCCUUCCUCAUCCUCUAUCAUCCUUGACCCUUCGUCUUCCUCCUCUUCUUCCUCUGGCAACCCUGUCUCCCAUCCUCCCCCUCACCCCCAGCACCAUCCCUCACAUCCUCAUGCUCACCUUGCUCCAACACACCAUCUCCACCCCACACUCUCUCACUCUAUCCCCCACUCCCUCCUCCUACCAUCCAUGAGUGGGACAUCAGCAGUUGUUGGAGGUCCCCAAGGGGCACUGGGAAUAGGAUUGGGGGGACCUUACUUGGGCCCUGACACCCCAGCUCUGAGAACUCUGAGCGAAUAUGCUCGCCCCCACGCUAUGUCUCCACUCGGGGUAGCAAGUCGUGCCCAGGCGCACCACCCACAAGUCCACCAUGGUCAUCCUCAUGUCCACCCCUCAUUCUUUCUUCCUCAAUUUCAGAAUCAUGCUUUAGGCCACCCACACCACCUGCCUACAGAUGCAGCUACAGCAGCAGCCAUCUUGGGCUUUUUGUAUGGUGGUAGCCUUGAAGGUGGUCCAGGAGUCGCUGGCCACCCUGGGGUGGCAGGAGGACCAGUACCCGGAGGGAUAGGGGGCGCAGGGCUAGGAGGAGUAGGCUUUCCUCAUGCAAUGGCUGCGCAUCGAGAUCGGAUAAAACCGGGGUUUGAAUUUAAGAGCGAUGAGCGGGUUUACCCACCAGGGUCCAUAGCUGAUCCCGCUGCUCUUGCUCUUGCUCAUUCACACUCUCAUGCCCAUGCUCACGCUCACGCCCAUGCUCAUGCCCAUGCACAUGCCCAUGCCAAUGCCCACGCCCAUGCACACUCCCUUCUCCUAGGAGGUGGUGCAGCAGGAGCUAAUGAGGUGUCACUCUAUGGUACUCCUCCUCCCACAGCUCCACCUGGCCCCCCACACCUCCAGAACCCAACCCUUGCCCCGGUAACUCGACCUCCCAACCCUCCUGUCCCGCAGUCCCUAUCUAAUCCACCCCCUUCUUCAGUCCUCCCACCCUCUCUCCCCUCUCACCCUUCAUCUGCUCCUCCGGCUGCACCCCCUGCCCCGGCAGCCCCUGCAGCACCUCCGCCAGUCCCCCCUCCACCUGCUCCGCCAACCUCCAACGCCUCCUCACUUCAUCACCCAGUCCCCCAUUCUUCUUUUCCCAGCUCCCUGUCCUCUCAUCUGCCACCAGCCCCUGCCCCAGCUGCUCCCCCUGAGACCUACCCCACUCCCACUCGCUCUCCUGCCUCUUAUGAGCGAGACAGGAGUGGAGAAAGAGAGCGGGAGAGGGAGAGGGAGAGGGAAAGGGACAGGGACAGAGCAGCUUUACCGGCCUUUGGGGACAGAGAGCGAGAAAGAGAGAGGGAGAGAGAAAGGGGAGGAAGUGGUGGAGGCGGAGGGGGAAGUGGAGGCGGAACAGGUGGAGCAAGUGGAGGAGAGAAUCUGGGGCGUCUUCAGAUGUUAAAUGUGACGCCUCAUCAUCACCAGCAUUCACACAUCCACUCACAUCUUCACCUGCACCAGCAAGACACAGCGGCGGGCGGGGUUCACCCCCUGAUGGACCCGUUGGCGUCGGGGUCUCCUUUGGCACGCCUCCCUUACCCAGGAGCCACAAUAGGCACCCCCAUCCUGGCUCACCCCCUCACUGACAGCGAGGUGCUCCGCCAACAGCUGUUCGGUGAGGAGAAGGCUCCUCGUCCAUGUGCUCCUUUCCGUGACCUGCCACAGCCUUCCUCCCUCACUGGUCCCAUGUCAGCAGCCCAUCAGCUCCAGGCCAUGCAGCAGGCCCAGAGCGCAGAGCUGCAGAUCCAGAGACUGGCCCUGGAACAGCAGUGGAUCCACCACCAUCACCACCACUCCCUCACCCAGGACGAGUAUUACAGUCACCUGAAGAAAGAGAGUGACAAGACCCUGUGAGGGAGGGGCACCACAACAAGCAGCAUGGAGAAAACCAUGGGAGAAUAUGUGCGAAACGGAACGAAUGAAGCAAGCACUGAACACAGUGAGGGAACAAAGACUUACAGCGAAAGCUGGACUAAUGGACUUCACUGAGGGAAACAAGAAGAUUUUGAAGGAUUAACAAAAGAGGGAGGAGGGCGUGAAAAUGUUGCACACGGUCCCCGCUAACUGCACCAGACUCCAGCGCUUUCCUGCAUAAUGUUCUUGAACUCCAGUCCUGUUUUGUAUUGUGCUCUGUACAGUAUAUUAGGUGGGGCGGCAAUAGUGAAGUACAGUAUGUGUAAAAUACUUGAUGCCAGAAGGAAUGUGUACAUGAGUCUCUUUUAUGUCAUUGCAUGUAGCUAGGCGCUUAUUCUGAACUGGUGGAACUUUUGGUUCUAUUUUUAGUAAUGACCCCCUCUUUUGUAUCUGAGGGGCGUUCAAUAUGCAUGAGACCAGCAAUUUAGUGUUCUGUUAUGAUCAAUAGUAUUGUUAUUAUGAUUAAUGUUGUCUGUUUGUUGAUAAUGAUAUAAUUAUAUAUACAGCACAUAUUAUUUGUAUUAUUUUUUUACAUUUUCAUGGUAUGGCAGUUGGUUUUUAUUUUUUAUUUUCAAUUUACCUUGUGAAACAAGAUGCAAAUGGAGGCAAAAAAAAAAAAAUCGGGAAAUAAAUUAUAAUCUUUUUUGCUA